AUGUCGGAGCUGUUCGACUCGCUCAACUUUCCCAGCACCGGCAUCACGUCGUCGCAGUCGUCGCAGCCCUCCACGUCGCGGGUAUACUGGCAUGCCUCUCCCUCUCCAGCCUUUCUCAGCACCCGCACCGGCACGCCGUCCAAGGCUCGCGGCGAGCAUAAGUCGCCCACGAUACCACCCCUAUGCACCCAGGCCUUUCUCGGCGAGCUGAGAAAGGUGUCGGCCGCGGCCACCAGCAGCCACGCCUCAUCGUCGCGACCAACCCUCGUCGUCGGCAGUCGGUACGAUCCCGCUCUCGGCUCACCCGUCAGUCCGAAAGCCAGGGGCAAGAGGCGGGCCGAUCCCGAAGCGCUCACGAUAGACGACGACGGCUCCUCCGACGAGGACGGCGACGGUGGCAGCGCCAGAGGCAACCGCCUCUUUCUCGGCGAGAUCGACGAAUCCAGCCCAGAGACGAGGCGGCGGAGAACCAUGGAUGCUGGGCAUACCGGACGCUUGCGCAAGUCGCCCCUGUCUUCCGCCGACGCCGCCUCGCAGUCCCAACAUGCCAGGCAAGGCGGCGAGAGCCUAGACUCGGCGCGGAGAGCGGAUGGCGGCCGCGCCAAUGGCAAUGCCGACGAUGCCAUUGGGCGAGGGGCUCAAGACCGGCGCUCCGAACCCGCACGAGAUGGCUCGAGCAGCUCAGCAUCGGCACGGAGGCAGCAUCGACGGAGCAGGGGCAGCAGCAAGCGCCACAACCCGAGCGUGUGGGUGCAGGGGCUGGGCAUAACAAGGUCCGAUAGCCCGCGUUCGCUGCUCGCCCUUCCGCUCGCGGGCGGCGCCCUCGACGAAUCAAUGGACGGGCCGGUCGCUCCGCAGACAGCUCGGAAGCUGUUUGAGGACCUCAAUGCUGUGCUCGACGAGAGCUGCAACGCCAUUGUCCAGCCACGCGCUGCCCGACCGCCUCGGGACGAGGCCGAGUCAGCAGCCUCGCAGUCCUGCAGCGCCCCCCUCGCAGUCGGCAUCGGCGCUGUCGAGCAUGCAAGCAAAGACGUGGUCGAUAUCGGUAGGCCACACAAUGGCGAAGACCCUCAUGCGCAGCCUCAAGGGGCGAAUCGGACUGGGUUCGCCAGAAGCACGUCGCUGCCGGAUCGCACACAAGCCGCGAUCGAUUCUCGCACAACACAUGCCGUAGCGCGACGACCUGGCGGAGAGGGUGACUCCUCGUCAAGCUUGCCAACCACGUUCGGGCCCCGUCGCGUCCUCAGCGCAGUCAAGUCGCACAGCGAUGUCUUUGCCAGCGACUACAGCGACGCAGCACACGAGGAGCGGCGCCGGCAGGUCAGCGAGUUCGCUGCAGCCGCCAUUGCUCCCGUAGCUCGCUCUAUGGACCCGGCAGCACCACGGCCGUUGUCCAGUCGGUCCAAUCUCCCGCCCCGAGCACCCAGCAUACCUCCAAAAGCCUAUGCCAAGACCGGCCUCGGUGUGACGAAAGAAGCGGCCGCGGUCGAGCCGCCCCCGGGCCCGGCGAGAGGGGACGCACGCAACGACAGCCGCCGCAAGCUGGGCACUCGACCUCCGGCCGUGCAGCCGCAACAGCCCAUCCUACCAUCGACGACCAUCGACAGAGAACCUGGGAACGUUGACGCUCGCACAGCCGCCACCGAGAUCGUCGACCUCACGAUGGACGACGAGUUUCCAGACGUGGACUCGGCCUCUUCGCGCAGCACGUCUCCGCGCAAGUCCCACACCCCUUCACCGACAAAGCAGCGUCAAUCGUCUGUUGCGAGCACGACGACGGCACCUGGCCGAUCGCGGUCGACGGGCAGCACGACGAGGACGGCGCUGGGGAUGGGCAAGAUCUCGUCCGCCUGUCUAUCGCAGGCCCGCCAACCCGGCCUGCCGCGCUCGUCGCAGAGCGUCCUGGGUUCCCAACGGCCAAAGCGAGCCGUAACGGCUGCGGCCACGUCAUCGGUAGCCGGCAGGGUCCUCCAAGCGCCGUCGAGGAGCUCGCCCUCUGCCCCCUUUCGCCCGCCCGCAAAGACGCGUCUCCAGACCGCCGCCGCAGCUGCGGCGGCGGCAUCGUCAACGACCUCCAGUACCGGGGCCUCUCGCACGCCGUCUCGAGGCAGCGACGCCACGCUGCAGCCUCGCACAAAGCCCCCGCAGCCGCCGCCGGCGCCGGCCGCUAGCAAGGCCCACAUCGGAUCGGACGACAGCUUCGGGCUGAGCGAUACCGACGACGCGGCCUUUGCCAGCCUGGCUAGCGAGCUUGGCUUCUGA